AUGUCGUCGGGGGGAAAAGCUGAUGUUCUUCAUUGCGAGGACGGGUCAACCCCGGAUCUCUUGGACUACGCCUUUGAGGGCGAGAAUCGCGAGCAUGAGAUGGGUGUGUGGGAAGCGGCCAAGAGCCACCCUUGGGCUUGCCUAUGGGCAUUCGUUAUGUGCUUCACCAUUGUCAUGGAAUCUUUCGACAUGUUUCUGAAUGGGAACUUUGUCGCACUGGGCGCUUUCCAACGGCAAUACGGUGUCCUAAUUGACGCGGCAAAUGAUAUAUAUGCCAUCCCAACCCGAUGGCAAAGUGCUCUCUUCCAGGCCGGUCAAUGUGGAGCGUUUGUCGGUGUUCUGAUGGCGGGACCGAUCACGGACCGUCUGGGCUAUCGCUGGACGACUAUAUUGGCGUUGGUCCUCAUGAAUGCGACGAUCUUCAUUUCUUUCUUCGCCGACUCCCUUGCCGUUCUGACCGUGGGGCAAGCAUUGGAAGGUGUCCCGUGGGGAUUAUUUAUUGCGAACUCACCCGCCUACGCAAGCGAGGUCGUGCCCCUCGCCCUUCGGGGUGCUUGCACGGCGACUCUGCAAAUGAGCUGGUCGAUCGGUGGAAUUAUAGUCGCAGCUGCCACCUAUGGAUAUAAUCAGCGGGACGAUCAGUGGGCUUGGCGAGUGCCGCUUGCUUUGCAAUGGAUCUUCCCCACCCCCCUCUUGAUUCUCGUCUUCUUCGCUCCAGAAUCUCCCUGGUGGCUGAUUCGUCAUGGACGUAAGGAAGAGGCCCUUCGCUCCAUCAAACGACUCGGUACUGGAGACCCAGAGACGGCCCAACAGACAUUCGCUAUGGUGCAGCGAACCGUGGAGAUCGAAACUCAGAUGGGCGGUAAUCCGAGAUUCCUCGACCUUUUCAAGGGUACUGAUUUACGGCGAACAAUUAUUAUCUGCUUGAUGUACGCGUCGCAAAAUUUUGCGGGUAAUCUAAUUGCGAAUCAGGCAACCUUUUUCUUCGAGCAAGCUGGAAUUUCGUCAAACCGUUCUUUCGAGCUUAGCCUGAUCAAUUCGUGUUUGGGAUUCGUUGCCAACGUCUGCUCUUGGUUUAUUUCGUCAUGGUUCGGUCGUCGAACUAUCUAUCUUUGGGGCACAGCAACCAACAUUACUCUACUAAUCAUUCUAGGUAUCUGUGCUUCUAUCAAGCAGAAUCAAUCGACUAAUUAUGCCCAAGCGUGCCUUGGCAUCAUCAUCUCCUUCGUUUUUGCGGGUACCCUUGGACCCAUCUCAUACACCAUUAUUUCUGAGACCUCGUCGGUCCGUCUUCGGGCUUUGAGUACUGGAGUUGGUCGUGCCGCUUACUAUGUCGCGGAGAUUCCUAUGAUUUACCUGGCCUCUCAGAUGCUCAACACCACGGGAUGGAAUCUUGCUGGCAAAUGCGGUUACGUCUGGGCAGCUACUGCUUGCGUCUGUUGGAUCGGUGCCUACUUUUGCCUCCCUGAGCUGAAGCACCGCACUUAUCGCGAAAGUGAUAUCUUGUUCAACCGCAAGGUUGCUGCGAGGAAGUUCAAGUCGACCGUCAUUAGCGUCACGGAGAAUGAGUAA